UUAUUGGAAACUCACACCCUCCCAGCCCAGUACCUUUGUCCAGUGGUGCCUUCAGCAAGCCCAGGAGCUCAGAGCCCAACAGCUGACCUUCCAGUCAUGAGCAGGACAUGGACGGCCCUCCUGCUAUUCCUGGCUUCAUCUCUUGGCUUCAACUUGGACACAGAGAAGGUGACAACCUUCCGUGUGGACAGUGCUGGGUUUGGACACAGUGUAGUCCAGUAUGCCAACUCCUGGGUGGUGGUUGGAGCCCCCAAGGAGAUAAAAGCUGACAACCAAACAGGUGGACUCUAUAAGUGUGAAUACAGCAGGGGCACAUGUAAGCCCAUCCACCUGCAGGUCCCUCCGGAGGCUGUGAAUAUGUCCUUAGGCCUGUCCCUGGCAACCACCACCAAGCCCUCCAAGUUGCUGGCCUGUGGCCCCACUGUACAUCAUGCAUGCAGAGAGAACAUAUAUUUGAAUGGGCUCUGCUUCCUGUUGGUCUCCCCCUCUGAGCAGGGCCAAAGGCUCCCAGCUGCUUUGCAGGAAUGCCCAAGGCAGAAUCAGGAUAUCGUGUUCCUGAUUGAUGGCUCAGGCAGCAUCUCCAACACAAAUUUUGCCACAAUGAUAAGAUUCGUGAAGGCUGUGAUGAGCCAGUUCCAGAGACCCAACACCCAGUUCUCUCUGAUGCAGUUCUCCAGCAAAUUCUUGGUACACUUCAAUUUCAACAAAUUCAUCUCCAGUUCAGACCCUCUAACACUGUUGGAUUCUGUACACCAGCUGAAAGGGUACACUCACACGGCCACAGCCAUCCAAAAGGUCAUAAACAUACUGUUCACCACCCAAAGUGGGGCCCGCAAGGAUGCCACCAAGAUCCUGAUUGUCAUCACUGAUGGGCAGAAGCAAGGGGACUACCUGGAUUAUAAGGAUGUCAUUCCCAUGGCUGAGGCGGCAGGCAUCAUCCGUUAUGCAAUUGGGGUUGGAGAGGCUUUUCAAAUGAGUAAUUCCUGGAAAGAAUUAAAUGACAUUGCAUCGAGGCCUGCUCAUGAAUACAUAUUUAAAGUGGAGAACUUUGAUGCUUUGAAGGAUAUUCAAAACCAGCUCCAGGAGAAGAUCUUUGCCAUUGAAGGUACAGAGACCAUAAGCAGUAGCUCUUUCGAAAUGGAAAUGUCCCAGGAGGGCUUCAGCGCUGUGUUCACACCUGAUGGACCAGUUCUGGGGACUGUGGGGAGCUUUAGCUGGUCUGGAGGUGCCUUCCUGUACCCGCCACAUAUGAACCCCACCUUCAUCAACAUGUCUCAGGAGAAUGUGGACAUGAGGGACUCUUACCUAGGUUACUCCAGUGAGCUGGCCCUUUGGAAAGGGGUGCACAGCCUUAUCUUGGGGGCCCCUCGCCACCAGCACACUGGGAAGGUUGUCAUCUUCACCCAGAUAUCCAGGCAAUGGAGGCCAAAGGCUGAAGUCACAGGGACCCAGGUCGGCUCUUAUUUUGGGGCCUCCCUCUGCUCUGUGGAUGUGGACAGCGAUGGCAGCACCGAUGUGGUCCUAAUUGGGGCCCCCCAUUACUACGAGCAGACCCGAGGAGGAGGGCAGGUGUCCGUGUGCCCCAUGCCCAGGGGGAGGAGCAGGUGGCAGUGUGCGAUCAUUCUCUGUGGAGAGCGGGGCCAUCCCUGGGGUCGCUUUGGAGCAGCUCUGACAGUGCUGGGAGAUGUUAAUGGGGACUAUCUGACAGAUGUGGCCGUUGGGGCCCCUGGAGAGGAGGAGAACCAGGGUGCUGUUUACUUAUUUCAUGGAACCUCAGGACUGGACAUCAGUCCCUCCCACAGCCAGAGAAUUGCAGGCUCUCAGUUCUCCCCCACACUCCAGUAUUUUGGGCAGUCACUGAGUGGGGGUCAGGACCUCACUAUGGAUGGACUGGUGGACCUGGCUGUAGGGUCCCAGGGACAAGUGCUGCUGCUCAGGACCAGACCUGUUCUCAGAGUGUGGGUGACCAUACACUUCACACCUGCAGAGAUCUCCAGGUCUGUGUUUGAGUGUCACGAGCAGGACUCCUCUGUCCAGGAACUGGGUGAUGCUACUAUCUGUCUUGAUAUUUAUGGAACUCCCAAGAACCAACAAAAUAACCUCCAAAGCUCUGUGACCAUUGACUUAGCCCUUGACCCUGGUCACUUGAGUCCCCGUGCUGUCUUCAAAGAGACAAAUACCAGGACCCUUACUAGAGUCAAAGACCUUGGACUGAACAAGUACUGUGAAUCUAUGAAGUUGCUCCUUCCGUCCUGUGUGGAGGACUCAUUGACUCCCAUCAUCUUGCGUCUCAACUUCUCUCUGGAGGGCAAGCCCAUCCCUUCCUUCAGAGACCUCCGGCCUAUUCUGGCUGCAGAUGCUCAGACAUACUUCACGGCUUCGCUCCCCUUUGAGAAGAACUGUGGGGCUGACCACAUCUGCCAGGAUGACCUUGGCAUCACCUUUGACUUCUCAGGCAUGAAGACCUUGGUGGUGGGAAGUAACCUGGAGCUGAACGCAGAAGUAACAGUGUCAAAUGACGGUGAAGAUUCCUAUGGAACCACAGUCACCUUCUUCUACCCAACAGGGCUGUCCUAUCGACGUGUGUCAGGGGGCCAGCUGAAGCUGCGCCCCGUGCACUGGACAUGUGACAGCACCCCAGCAGGGAGCCAGGGUACCUGGAGAACCAGCUGCAGCAUCCACCACCUCAUCUUCCGCGGGGGCACUAAGAUCACCUUCUUGGCUACCUUUGAUGUCUCCCCCAAAGCUGUGCUGGGAGACAGGCUGCUUCUGACAGCCAAUGUGAGCAGUGAGAAUAACUCCCCCAGGACCAGCAAGACCACCUUCCAGCUGGAGCUCCCGGUGAAGUAUGCUGUCUACCCUGUGAUCAGCAGCCACGACCAAUCCACCAAGUACCUCAACUUCUCAGCUUCAGAGGAGAAGGGAGGCAGUGUGGCCAAGCACAGAUACCAGGUGAAUAACCUGGGACAAAGGGACCUGCCUGUCAGCAUUGACUUCUGCGUGCCUGUGAAUCUGAAUGGAGUGGCUGUGUGGACAGAGGUGGAGGUCUCUCCCCUUCAGAACCCAUCCAUUCAGUGCUCUUCGGAGAGACUAGUUCCCACAGAGUCUGACUUCCUGACUCAUAUUCAUAAGAAUCCUGUGCUGGACUGUUCCAUUGCUGGCUGCCUGAGGUUCCGCUGUGACAUCCCCUCCUUCGGCAUCCAGGAGGAGCUUGACUUCAUCCUGAAGGGCAACCUCAGCUUUGGCUGGGUCAGCCAGACAUUGCAGAAGAAGCUGUCGGUCAUGAGUGUGGCUGAAAUCACAUUUGACAGAUCUGUGUAUGCCCAGCUUCCAGGACAGGAGGCAUUUUUGAGAGCCCAGAUGAAGACAGUGCUGGAGAAGAAUGAGGUCUAUGACCCUAUCCCCCUCAUUGUGGGCAGCUGUGUGGGAGGUCUGCUGCUACUGGCUCUCAUCACUGCCACAUUGUAUAAGGUUGGCUUCUUCAAACGUCAAUAUAAGGAAAUGAUGGAGGAAGCAAAUGGACAGCUUGUCCCAGAAAAUGGAACAUUAGACCCCCAAGAUGCUCAGUGAAAAAUGACUUCCUGUUCUCCUUUGGAACUAUUCUCCCCGAUAGGUUUUCUAGUUCCUCUUACUCUCACCUGUGUUGGGCCUAAGGGGGAAAGAACAUUCCACACGAAGGAGGCUGGGAUCAGGCUGCUUUCACUUUUUGGGAAAAUGCAAUAUGUCUACCCCAGAGUGUCUUGUCUGGGAAGUUUUAUUCAUCUUGUCAAGGCUCCAGCUGGAAACCCUGAGGACUGGGUCUCUGUCAUGAUCUAGAGGGCUUGGAAUUUCUACCCAGAAAUCCAUGGACUAUAGUCUCAGGUUCCAGUCUCCCUCCCUCCACUAGCCACCAGUGAUCUUUCUAAAAUACAGAACUAAAUGAGUCA